AUGCCUCUCAACCGCACUCGACGUGGCACCUCCUUUUCCGGUAAAGGGUCGUCCUACGGUGAUGAUGUGACUGGAACGCCUCUGGAAUCAGAAUGUCCUGGUUGCUGUAUCCCUGGCCCACCCGGCCCUCGUGGUCCUUCAGGAACUCCUGGAACGCCGGGAACACCAGGACAAGCUGGUAAACCAGGGAUGCCUGGAGUUACUCCCAAUCAAACAUGCCCGAUGAACAUCAUGCGUGAACCGCCACCAUGUCGACCGUGCCCGAAAGGGCCACCUGGAAUCAAGGGAUGGCCUGGCUUCCCAGGAGAUGUUGGACCACAAGGUCCACCUGGAGAGAAGGGAAUGGAUGGCGAAGACGGUGCACCCGGAGAGACGGGACCAAAAGGACCACCUGGUUACAAAGGAGGACCAGGAGCACCAGGAGACAAGGGACCAACACCGGAGGGAGAUCUUCGCGAAGGUCCACCCGGUGACGAAGGACCGCCAGGACCUAUUGGAGCCAGUGGAAUGCCAGGACUACCCGGUCGUAAUGGACUGACAGGGCCACAAGGAGAACGAGGUUGGCCUGGAUCCCCAGGUGAAACUGGUGAACCAGGAUAUCCUGGACCAGAAGGACCAAUGGGAGGACAGGGACCACCUGGUGAGCCAGGUGUUUGUGUAUGCCAGAAUGUCGACUCUAUACUUCUUGUAAAUCCUGGACCACAACCACGACUUGCAAUUGGAGACGAUGGACAAUCACUGCCCGCUAUGAACUAUGGCAAGGUAGGUGGUUACGGUAGAUGA